GUUGCUGUAGUAACGGGUCGGCGAGACGUCACGCUUUGGGUGAAUUCUCUUUGAAACUCCUCAGGUGAAUGUGAUUGUUUUGCGAUGGAGUGGGGACUGAGGCUCACUGGAGCUCUGUGAUGAACUGAAGACUGCACCUGAAUGAACCUGUUGGUGUUUUUUGGACAUGUCAGUGAUACACAGCCUCGUCCCAGCUCGGUUUCUCAUCCUCACUGCUCACCUGGUGAUGGUCAUCACCAUCUUCUGGUCCCGGGGAAACAAUGUUAAAUCAUGCUUACCCCUGGACUUCACAGAGGAGCAGUACACGACCGAGGACAACCGGUUGAUUAUUGCUCUAUCAGUAACUCUGUGUCUAUUUGCCAUUGAAUUGUUUGGAUUCUUCUCCGGUGUCUCGAUGUUCAACGGUAACCAAGGAAUGCUGUCUAUGGCGUGUCACAGCAGCGCAUCCGUCUCUCUGUCUUUCUUUGUUUUCCAGCAGUGGGAAUGCUGGGUUUACUGGAUAAUCUUCGCAUUCUGCAGUGUCAUUCCUUCCCUGUGUGAGCUGGUACUGAUCGUCGCUGUGUUUGGAUUGAAGAAGAAGCCGAUGUGAAGGUGUAAAUCCGUGUCUCGGUAUCUCUCAGUAUGAUGUCUGUUGUCGGGGACCAAACAGUGAGGAAAGAGGACACAGAAGUUUUUGGUUCGGAAAGCAGGGUUUUAUUGACCCAAAAAUGUUGAACAAGUUUACACAGACCAAAAUUAUUAAGAACUAGGCCUACAAAAGAGGUCAGCAAAAUAUAACUUGACUUGAGACACAGACAUCUGGCAUGAUGUUCACGGAACAAGACUGACCCGACACGAUGAAACAAAAGGGAACGUAUAUAGUGGCUUGGCCAAACCAAAUAACACAGAAGGGGUAAACAAAAAAUAAACAUUGACGAGAAACAGAUACAAAAAUGGUACCUACUGCCGUCUGGCAAGGCACGCUGCAAUACAGAUGCUAGCGGGGAAGUCAAACUCUCACAUUGACCAGAGGACUAGCCCCCAACUGUAACCCUAGCUGUAUAGGCGAGAGGCCGAUCGAAACGGAGAUCGGUGCCGCACCCAUACGCUUUAAAGAGUCGGUUAGUCCUGGGACAGGAGACUGCCUGGGAAGACCAGAUUCUGGCAUGAGAGGGACUUUGACUUGACUGUAAAAGAGGUCAGCAAAUUAUAAUUUGACUUAAGACACAGACAUCUGACAUGAUAUCAACUGAAUAAAACUGACCCCUGACAAUGAAACAAAAAGGAACAUAUCUAGUCGCUUGGCCAAACCAAAUAACACAGAAGGGGUAAACAUUGAUGACAAAUAGAUCCAAAGUAAAACUAAGUCAAGCCAAAAUCCCCCUUGGGCACAAGGUGAAACAUGGAAUGGCCUAACGAGCAGGCUUCAAGAAUUUGAUCUCUUCAGCCCUCGGCCACACCUUUUGCCCAACCAGGAAGGGACCGCCCCCCCACCGCUUGAGGUAACUCAAAGAAAACUUCAACAAAGAAACACACAAUUGGUGACAAACAAACAUAGCUUUCACAACCCCACAGUGUUAAAAUGUGUGCACUCUAUAUAAAACUAUGGAAGGUUAAAUCAAAUAAACUGUAAAUCAAACAAA